AUGUUCCUCGCGUAUCAAGCCGAGCAGCGGAAGUACCUCGAAAGACUUGUUUUUGAGACACUCCGCGAUGACGACUUGGUUGUCCAAAACGCUGCACUUGAUGCGCUAAAACGGGUCUAUAAGCAAGGCGACAGAAAGCGGCUCCUCAGCCAACUCCAAAAGGCGAUUAAGUCCAGUGACAAUCGCGAUAGGCAUAAUGCACAUUGGAUACUUGGCCAUAUCGGUAGGGAGGAUCCGGGGACGAUUGUUCCUAUUUUGGUAAAACUUCUGGAUCAUCGAAGAACGGAAACUCGCUUGAAUGCCGUCAAGGCACUCGGAGUGGUUGGAAGUGAACAGGCUAUUCCAGCACUUGCUGCCCUGAUUGAAUCCGGUUCUGCGAGAUGGAAGCGGGAUCGAGAAGAACCUGAGGUCCGACAACUUGCUGUAGAAGCACUCGGGAAGAUCGGGGGUGUUGCUGUGCCGGAGUUAGUCAAGAUUGUGCAGAAUAAGGGGUCAUCGCUUCGCGUUGAUGCGAUUCGAGCGUUGGCGCUCCUCGGUGACGAAAAAGUUGUGGAACCUUUCUUAGAGGCUUUGAAAGAACAGAGCACCCGGGAUGUCGUCAUUCCUCUUAAUUGA